GAGAAACACACGCAAUCCAUUUCCCUGCACCUGCGAGUUCGUGAUUCUAUCCCAACAAGGUAACAACUCCAAUUCUUCCCCCAUUGACAAACCGAAUCUUCAUGCUUCUUCAACACUCAUCACUGUUUUUCUUCAUCAAAUUCAGAUUCUUCACAUCACCUUACAUGUUCUAACCCAGAGUUACCCAGUUCUGGGUCUAUGUUGUUAUCCUUAGAAUUUCACUUCGCUCUCUGACAUAGCGGAAAAUCUCACGAUUUUAAGCUACCCCAUUUGCCAAAGUUGAGAUUUUUUCGCUGCAUUUCAAGUAAAUGCGGUAUAGUUAAGAACUGAAUAUUGGCUGUCUUGUUUUCCAACUCGAUAAGAUAAAGUGGCGAGAAAAGAGAUGGCUGUAGCUGAGAAAACUAGAAAUAUGCUUGAAGGUCUGGUAAAAGAAGGAUCAUUUAAAUGGUUGCUCGGCAAAAAGAGCUACUUUGGUGAAGAGUUUGAGGAGAUGGAAAAAUCACCCUCGGCUGGGAGGAAUUUGAUACAAGAGCUAUCUCCAAUUGCAAACUUAGUUGUUCGUAGAUGUUCAAAAAUCCUUAAGAUCUCUUCAAGUGAGCUUCAAGAAAGCUUCAAUCAAGAGGCUUCUGAUUCUAUAAAGCAUCCGUCACGAUAUGCGAGGAACUUAUUGGAAUAUUGCUGUUUCAAAGCACUUUCCUUGACUACACAAAUGUCUGGUCAUCUCUUUGAUAAAACAUUCCGGCGCUUGACAUAUGACAUGAUGAUUGCUUGGGAAGCCCCAGCUACUGCCAGCCAACCUUUAAUUAAUGUCGAUGAGGAUGUAUCUGUUGGUUUAGAAGCUUUCUGUCGAAUAGCUCCUGCAAUUCCUAUCAUUGCCAAUGUCAUUAUUAGUGAAAAUCUUUUUGAAGUGCUGAGUUCGACAACUGGUGGUCGCCUUCAGUUCCCCAUGUACGACAAGUACCUCUCUGGCCUAGAAAGAGCAAUAAAAAAAAUGAAGAGCAAUUCAGAGUCCUCUCUCCUUUCUGCUAUAAGAUCCUCUAGAGGUGAGAAGGUUCUUGAGGUUGAUGGAACAGUCACAACACAGCCAGUCCUUGAGCAUGUAGGAAUAUCCACCUGGCCUGGAAGGUUAGUCCUGACAGAUCAUGCACUUUAUUUUGAAGCGCAUCGUGUUGUAUCUUAUGAAAAACCAAAAAAAUAUGACUUAUCAGACGAUCUAAAUCAAGUUGUUAAACCUGAAUUGACUGGACCAUGGGGUACUCGACUUUUUGACAAGGCAGUCUUCUAUAGCUCUGUAUCACUAUCAGAGCCAGUUGUACUAGAAUUUCCAGAGCUUAAAGGUCAUGCUCGUCGUGAUUAUUGGCUAGCUAUCAUCCGAGAGAUUCUUUUUGUUCACAAAUUCAUAAGCAAAUACAGAAUCCAAGGGGUUGCACGGGAUGAAGCACUCUGGAAGGCUGUUUUAGGAAUUUUGCGUUUGCAAGCCCUCCAAGAUAUUAGUUCUGCAAUCCCUAUACAGAAUGACUCUCUGCUCAUGUUUAGUUUAUGCGAUCAGCUUCCAGGUGGAGACUUGAUAUUAGAAACCCUUGCAGAUAUGCCAAAUUUAAGGGAGUCAGGUCACAACAAUGAUUUCAGGGCUGUAAGUGGAAUGCAUUCUAUCUCAGUCUCGGACAUGGUUUCUAACCUGGGAUUUGGAUUUGGAACAAGUUCAAGCAACUCAAAUGUGAGCAGCAUUACUGUGGGUGAAAUAUCUGUUGGAGAAAUGACUUCGUUGGAAAUAGCUGUUAAAGAAUCUAAGAGCAAUUAUAAAAAGGUCAUAUCUGCACAAGCAACAGUUGAUGGUGUUAAAGUUGAUGGUCUUGACACUAAUUUGGCUGUUAUGAAGGAGUUACUUUCUCCUCUAGAUGAACUAAGGAAGUCUCUUCAGUCCUUGGCAUAUUGGGAUGAUCCGUGGAAGUCUUCUGGGUUCUGUCUGUUCUUCAGUUACAUCAUCUGCAGGGGUUGGCUUGGCUAUGCAAUGGCAGCAGGGCUUGUGUUACCCGCAGUUUUUAUGAUAAUUACCCGAUGUUUUAGCCAAGGUAGGCCUGUUAUUGAAGUUAAGGUAAUAGCCCCACCGCCAAUGAACACAAUGGAACAGCUUUUGGCUGUUCAGAAUGCUGUCUCUCAAGCUGAACAACUCAUACAGGAUGGUAACAUAAUUCUGCUCAAGCUCCGCGGCUUGUUGUUGUCCAUUUUUCCUCAGGCGACAGAGAUGUUAGCCUUUGCUCUUCUAUCAGCAGCCUUGGUUUUGGCUCUCUUGCCUUGUAAAUACCUAGUUCUGCUAGUGUUCUUGGCGGUAUUUACAAUGUAUUCACCUCCAAGGAAAGCUAGCACAGAGAGAUGGAAUAGGAGACUGAGGGAAUGGUGGUUUAGCAUACCAGCAGCUCCUGUUACACUUGAAAGAGAUAAAGAGGAAAAGAAGAAAAAGUGAUGGUAUAAUCUUUUGUGAGGUGUGUACAUGUUCAUGUUGAAUACUUCUUUGUUGUCUGUUGUCUUAUGUAUACAGAUGUUUAAAGUGUAAAACUGAACAGUGUAAGAAAAAUAAUUAGCAAAUGAAAUGAAUCUCUUUCCCUUA